UCGCUCGGCUUCUCGCGUCUUCGCCUCCGUUCGCGCCGCCCCAGCAGCGAACUGGCGUCAGUUCCGAGCAAGUGCCCCGCCUGUAAAAGUCUCUGGCUUCGGCAACAACAGCGGAAGACCCGAGCUCCACAACAACGCCGCGCCGUUCACAGCGAAUCGGGGGGUCGGAGCAGCCGGACGAAACCGAAUCAACCCGUAGAGCAAAACCGGGUCCAACGAGGCGGGAUUUGAAGGGCCACGGGGACGAUGAGUGCUGCUCAAAGUGAAACAACACUGGAGGCCAAACUGGAGGCCCUGCAGUGCCACUUCACCUGGGAUCUGGUCCCCAGCAGGUCCAAACUUUUACGUAUCAAGGACAAGCUGGAGGACAUCGGCACCGAGGAGGGGAACAGCUGGCUGGGUCACGUUUACAACCUGCAGGGGUACAUCCACUACCAUCUGGGGUCCUACGACGAGGCCAGGAGUUUCUUCAGCAGGGCCGCAGAGGCCCUCUGCCGGACGAGAAAAGCAGACGAGGGUCCCUGGUUGGUGGUGAACUACGGGAACCAGGCUUGGCUGCACUACCGUCAGGGAGAACGAGCAGAGAGUCAGGCCCUCCUGUCAAAGGUCGACGCCCUGACGAACGAGUACCCGUCUCCGUCGCGGGACGAGCUCCAUCCGGAGAUCUACGCCGAAAAAGCCUGGACUCUGAUGAAGUUCGGCAAAGAAAAAAAGCUGCUGGCCGCAGGUUUCCUCCAGAGGGCCAUCGGGAUGCAGCCGGACAUGGUGGAGUGGCAGACCAGCCACAUCUUAGCACUAGGAAGUGUCUUUAAACACAGCGACACAGGGCCAGAGCCUGACAUCUUGGAGAAAAUGAAAAAAGCCAAGGAAGAGGAUCCAGAGAACCUUUACCUCGCUGCUCGCUACCUUCAGCAACUUGCCGAGAAAGGAGAGAGAGUGGAAGAUGAAGCGUGCGAGUUAGCCGAAAAGGUUUUGAGAAAUCCUGUCGGCAGUUACAGCGGCAUCAAACCACUACUGAGGGUUUACAGGAGCUGUGGCCUCAUCGACGAGGCUAUUGAUUUGGCAGAGGAGGCUCUGGGAAAACAUCCAGAUGAUCGUUACCUGAAAAGAUGUGCUGCGCUCUGCUACAAAUGGAAAAUCAUUUUUUUCCGCGACAGUCGCCCAAAGCAAAGCAUGAUCGACAGAGCAAUCCACCUCCACAAGGAGCUCGUCUCUCUGUACCCCCAUUCUUCGUUUGUGAAGAGGAUGGACCUUGCAAAUAUAUACGCAAAGUCAAACGACGGCCUGGCUAAAUCUGACCAGAUAUACCAGGAGCUCCUAGAGUGGGAUCUGGAACCCGCAGACAGACAGGUGCUUUACAACAACUACGCAAGACAUCUCUACUUCGAUCGACAGGACCGAUACAGGUCAAUCCAGUAUCACAUGAAGGCGGCGUCGAUACCGGAACAGUGCUUCUUUCGAGAGAACAGCAUCAGAGCCCUGGAGAAGAUCAGAGACAGAAGCAGGAACCGAAUGUGCAGAGAAAUAGAUGAGUUUCUGGCAAACCUGCAAGAGCCGUAGUGGUUUUGACAGCACCGGUUCUAAAUCCACAAAAAAUAUAGGUAUUCCGUUACCUAGACAAGUCUGUACAUACUCAUUAAUUCGGUAACGUGCACAUUAAGUAAACUUGCAGAAAACAUUUGUGGAAAUUGUGGAAAAGAAACAUAUGCCGAGGACCCCGUGAAUGCGGCGAAACAGGAGGUGAAAUUUGACCCCAUUGGAUGAAAAAAUUGGCGAUCAGCUUCACCCCUGCGAGCGAAUCCUCUGAUAGCGCUUCCAUUGAAACCAAACUGAUUCGGCCACGAAGUCCCGUCAUGACAAACGCCGGCGUGAUCGGGCCUCACGGCGAGUACAUGUAUACGCUGCCGCUUUGGACUGUCCCAGAUGAGAGAUGAGCAACGUGAAAGACACGUGGCUCCAAAGCGGCGGCCCCACGUCGCACUGUGCGAGAGGUUCGCGCUGCAGGCCGCCGACGUGUUAUUCUCGUAUACCGACCUGCAUCGCAGCCCCACGAUCCACUCGGUGUUACCGUCGUACGGUCUGCGUACGUCAAACUCGAUGUAUUAGACCCAUGUUGCACAGAUUCUAAGAAAUCUCACAGUCUGUCGGCGCCUUCAAAUUGGUCAGAAUGCUUCCAACUAUCGACAGUUGUCAUUAAUCCUGUAGAUUACAUUACUGAUUCAAGCAGAUUUCGAUCAGGUGCACCAUUUAAAUAAUGGUGGCGUUUACUACGUUCCUGGUGUUUCUCUUUUUCCCAGAGCGAUGCAUUUAAAGUUCAGUGAAAAACAUAACGGGGUGUGGAUAAAAUUUGCUUUGCUUUUAGCUUUGUAGUAGAAAAAAAAAACCAAAAAACUGUUUAUGUAAUUGGAUGUGUAACCUGAAUGUUAUCACUAUAUGCCGAUGACUGAUAAACUGUACUAACCCUAUUAAAUAUACACUGUGUACACUAAGACAUCUUCUCAAAGUUUUUGUUUUGGUGGUGAAGACACAAGAAGUUCUUGUUCUCUUCACAGUUCUGCAAUGGGUUUGUGAGCAACGUAGCUGAUGGACUUCAGGCUACAGCUUUCGAGAGCUACUGCCAACGUUACAUUUGGAAACUUUGAAAGAAGCAAAAAUGUUCGUCCAAAGAUUUAAUCAUUUGUUUUUUUUUCCAAAAAGUUCCAGUUUUCACAGGACAUUCCUACUGAAUUUCUUGGAAAUUAACUGUUUGUGGUACUAAUUAUAGGAUGAGACAGUCAAAACCUAAAAGAAAAACAAGCUUGAUUUAACCCAAGUAAGGAUUAAUUCAUUGUAUAUUUAUUAUCUAAAACUUUAUUGGAGCCAUGUCUGUGUAACGGUUUCCUUUCCCAAAGAGAAAGUUGACAGUGUCUGCAUAUGUCAUUUUGGCCGUAGCCUAGCG